AUGCUGUCAACCGAUGCGGAUUCGGAGUACAACCAUAGCUUCAUCAAGAUGUUUUUCGGUAUCGGGCCCAGAUCAAAGAGGCUCCCUUCCUCAAAGCUGAUUCAUCCAAACUCUCCCUACACCUUGCUUUUCUCUGGCUUCAUGGGUUUGCUGCUCUUAUACACAGCUAUCAACACACCGGUUACAGUGGCUUUCUUCUGGGAUUCCAAUGCCUGCACCAGCAUUCCAACAUUGAACUUUGAUAUUUUUGUGGACACGUUUUUCAUCUGUGAUAUACUAAAUACAUUCUUCAUCGGAGUCCACCACCAGGGGAGAUACAUCGACGACCUGAAGUGGGUGUUCUUCAACUAUCUCCGCACCAACUUUGUGUUUGACACCAUCACGUCCUUCCCCGUGUCGUACGUUGAAGUUGUCAUGCUUUCAACGUGCCCCGUGAGUAGCAACCUAGAACUCUCACCCAAUGCGCUGAGAAUCAUUCGCGUGAUGAAGCCUCUGCGUCUCUUCAAGAUCUUUCGUAUUGUCAAGGUUGUGAAGACCUUCAAGCUCAUGGACACCCUGGGGAAUCGCUUUCGAGUCCCUCCGAGGAUCAUGCGGCUAAGCAAACUGUUUGCGUCCAUCGGCCUCAUGGUUCACUUGUGCUCCUGCUUGUAUUGGUUGGUCAAAGUGACCACAAACUCGAAUGAGGAGGUGUCUCUUUUCAUCCAAUCAAAGAGCAUGCAGGAGGGCAUCGAUGACGAGUACACUUUAUCCUUCUACUUCGUCACAACCAUCUUCACGACCAUAGGUUUUGGAGACGUGUAUGCGGAAAACCACGCGGAGAGAGUUUACUGCAUUGUGGUCAUGUAUCUGGGCUCGUUGGUGUUUGGAAUUCUAUUGGCGGAGGUGCAGCAGAUUGUGAACCAGUGGACAAGGCAGGCGAGGAACCGAGACAACCAUGUGCAAGCGAUCUUGGACUUCUUGAGGAAGAACGAGAUUCCUUUCAACCUGGAAAACGAGGUCGUGCACUGGGCCUCGUUCGACUUUGAGGAGACGCAGCGAUCGAAAGUCCAGAACGAGGUCUUGAACUCUCUUCCGAUGAAACUCCGUCGGAAUCUCCUCCACUACAUGCACAAGGGAACUCUCAACAGGAUCUCCAUCUUCAGUGGAGUCGUCCACCCGUCCAUGAAGGAGCUGAUCCUCGACAUCUGGGCGGCGUUGAGGAGCGUGACCUACUACUACGGCUCCAUCAUCUGCGACUCGACCACCAAGGCUGACAGGCUGAUCAUAAUCUCCACCGGGGUCGCUCAGAUCAAGACGUACGCCAACAUCUUUGACCUGCGGACUGACGUUGCCUUCAACCAGAACUCUCACGGGACCAAGCUCUUCGACCUGAACCCUGGCGACUACAUCGGGGAGUACGCUCUGCUAGGGGACACGGACUGGGGAGCGAGUUACAACCGACUUGACAUCACCUGCGAGUCCAUGACUCGCCUGAUGUGCCUCGUGCUCACCAAGAGCGCCUUCGAUGAGCUGAUCGCCAACUACCCCCCAGCUCUCAAGGAGGAGCUGCAUGCCCGAGGGCAGAAGCACAUCACUUCGACGCUCUCGCGCACGCAGGCACUGCGGAGGUCGAGCUCCAACAUCCUGAUGGAGGCGAGAAGAGCGCGGGUGGAGAACCGAUGGUUCUCGCUGACCAUGAAGCUGAGGCUGGUCAAGGAGUCCAGCUCGAGCACCCAGGAGCGAUUUGCGAGGCAUCUGAGCUUGCACGCCUUGAACCCGAGCCUUAACGACGUUCUCAAGGAGUCCAGGAGGGACAACGAUGAGUUCUUCUUCUCCCGCAGGAAGCAGGACAGCGACAGCGGGAUCAAGAUCGCCCUUGACUCCGUCUGCGACUCGGAGGAGGAGGAUGGUGGGGGGAUCGUGCCGACGCGCAGGGAGGUGGCUCGGCACAAGGAUAAGCGACGGCAGUCGACUUUGACACAUGCCUCUUCCUUGUCAAACUCGAGGACCGGCAUGAAGGAUCUGGCAGACCUGACGGAUGACCUCGGGUCGACCAUACACGCGGGAUGGGGCCGGGGAGACGUGGAGGAGUUGCGGGAGGCGAUGGCGGGGCUGCAGGGGCAGCUUCAGCUGGUGAUGGAGAAGAUCGAGAAGAUCGAGACCAUGACCCCUGAGACUGGCUCGCAAGUGGGAGAGGAACUUUCGUUCCAAUCAGGGAUGGUGUGA